CUCCCGUCUCUCACUCCAAGCCUCCUGCAGUCAGUCACACCACCCCGGCCCUGGCCGCUUCCCACAGCGCUUCACUGACCGGGUGGACAGUGACCUCGUCAACUGCUACAAACGCUGGCCCAGGAGAGGGGCGGGGUGCUCCACUGCUGAGGGAGUUCCUGCCAGGGAGGAGGGGUGUGCGGAGCCAUGAUAGGGCGGUGAUACCACAUGGAGCCACGCACAGCUCCCUGAGGCAAAGCCCGCUCAGCGUUUAGAGGAGACCUGUGGGCCCAACGCUACUGUGGGCAAGAGCACCGACCAUGGCCCGGGGCUGGCCCGGCCUCUGGGUGCUGGUGGUCCUCUGCAGCAGCUGGCCACCCGGUCGGCAGCACCGAGCGGAGGCAGCUGGGCUCCGGGACUUCUACGUCGCCGCUCAGGCCGUGGACUGGACCUAUCGCCCUCCUCAGCCGGAGGCCCUCAGAUUUAAAAGAUCAGAGUCAGUCUUUAAGAAAAUUGUCUACAGAGAGUAUGAUGCAGAUUUUAAGAAAGAGAAGCCAAGAUCUAGCAUUUCAGGACUUCUGGGGCCAACUUUAUAUGCAGAAGUGGGAGACACUUUGAAUAUUCACUUUAAGAAUAUGGUUAACAAAUCUUUGAGCAUCCACCCACGAGGGAUUGCCUACAGCAAACGAUCAGAAGGAGCACUGUACGCCGACUGGACGACACCGUUCGAGAAGAUGGAUGACGCAGUGCUUCCGGGCCAACAGUUCACUUACGUGUGGAAGAUCACCGAAGGAGUCGGACCUACUGAGGCUGACCCGCCCUGCCUCACUCAGAUCUAUUACUCUCAUGAAAAUGUCAUCCAGGACUUCAAUUCUGGCUUGGUUGGAGCUCUGCUCAUUUGUAAGAAAGGAAGCCUGACUGAAAGAGGAAUUCCGGAUAUGUAUGACAGGCAGCAAGUGUUGAUGUUCGCAGUGUUUGAUGAGAGCAAAAGCUGGCAACCGAGAUCCGCCCUAAUGUACACCGUCAAUGGUUACGCCAAUGGGACACUUCCAGAUAUACAAGCCUGCGCCCUGGACCACAUCAGUUGGCACCUGAUAGGGAUGAGCUCCGGGCCCGAACUGUUCUCCCUUCACUUCAGCGGGCAGGUCCUGGAGCACAACGGCCACAAGCUCUCCACCUUCAACCUCGUCGGCGCGACAUCUUUCACGGCCAAUAUGACCGUGAGCCACGAGGGAUGGUGGAUGAUCUCUUCCCUCGUCCCGCUUCACAUGGAAGCUGGAAUGCACGGUUACCUCAACAUAAAGUCUUGCCAGAAGCAAACCAGGAGCAACAAAAAAAUAUCCCGCGACCAGAGACGCCAGAUUAAAGACUGGGAAUAUUUCAUCGCUGCUGAGGAAGUAAUGUGGGAUUAUGCGCCUGUCAUCCCAGGGAACAUGGACAAAAAAUAUAAAUCUCAGCACUUGGACAAUUUCUCCAACCAAAUCGGGAAGAUAUACAAGAAGGUUGUCUAUAAAGAGUAUCAGGACGCCUCCUUCACCAAGCGUCGAGAGAGUAACAAAAUCUCGGAAACUGGAAUCUUGGGCCCUAUUAUCAGAGCCCAGGUCAGAGAUACAAUCAAAGUCGUGUUCAAGAACCUGGCCAGCCGCCCCUAUAGCAUCUACCCUCACGGGGUGUCGCUUUCCAAGACGGAAGAAGGAGUGUCCUAUCCCGGGGAUACCUCAGGCAACAGCACCCUGAGCAGAGCGGUGCAGCCGGGAGAAAUCUACACCUAUCAGUGGACCAUCCUGGAGUCCGACGAACCCUCCGAGAAGGACGUUCAGUGCGUCACGAGACCUUAUUACAGCGCGGUGGAUGUCUCGAGGGAUAUCGCGUCUGGCUUGAUCGGGCUCCUUCUGAUUUGCAAGGGCCGGUCUCUGGACAAACGGGGCAUGCAGAUGAAAGCGGAUAUCGAGCAGCAAGCCGUGUUUGCCGUCUUUGAUGAGAACAAGAGUUGGUACAUCGAGGACAAUAUCAACAAAUUUUGCCAAGACCCCACCAGCGUCAAGCGAGACGAUCCCAGGUUCUAUGAGUCCAACGUUAUGAGCACCAUAAAUGGCUUUGUGCCCGAGAGCCUUCCAAUCCUGGGAUUUUGCUUCGACGACGUCGUCCAGUGGAACUUCUGCAGCAUAGGCUCCCAGAACACGAUUGUCUCGAUUCACUUCACCGGACACUCCUUUUGGUAUGAAGGGAGGCCAGAAGACGUCCUGACUCUCUUCCCCAUGAGUGGAAAAUCCGUUACCGUUCCAAUGGACAACGUUGGGACCUGGAUGGUGACCUCCAUGGGGUCGGCAAAGAGAGAUGAAAGCAUAGGACUCAAAUUCCGGGAUGUCAAAUGUAUAAGAGAUUACUCCAAUUACGAUUAUGAGGAAAUUGUAUUCGACUCAAUAAAGAAGACUCUGAAGUCUGACUUCACCGACGUUCCCUCUCCCGAUGGCUACUUGGAAGACCCUUUAGCCAACGGGGAUUCUUUCGAUUAUCAAGAUGCCCUGGCUCUAGAACUAGGACUAAGAUCCUUCAAAAAUAAAGCGGUGGCUCCGGAAGAAGAGCUGCUCCUGAAUCUUACGGCUCUCGCUCUAAAUGACAGUCUGGGUCCCAGUACACAGAGUGCCGAAGAAGCUAACGCGUCAGACCCUUGGCCGAGUAAAAUUGAGAGCUUCCUGACGGAUGACCCAUCAGAACCUCAGACCACGUCCCCUCACCCUGCCAUCCCGACCGCCGGGAAUCUUCCAGAGCAUCUCCCGGGAGCAGGUGGGCAUUCCAUCGUACAACGCUCUGUAGCGGAGAAUUCUGUACUCCCUUCUGACCAACUCGAAGGCACCCCAGCUUCAGACGUGAAGGAGAUGGGAUUGUUUCCCGAUGGGGAAGGAAUGAGCCAGAAAGUUGCCGAGGAGGAAGACGGUCAAGCAAGGGCUACGUCCCAGGUUUUCGAUAAUUUGACUUUGGCGGAGAAAGGUGGCGACGGGUCAGAAAGACGCCAUAUCCCUCCAUCAAAAAUAGCCUCGGGUAGAUCUCCGGAGGGUGUCCCUUCAGAAGAUUCUUUGUCCCUCAGCGGCGUCACUCCAGGAACAAGGGGACAGCCCCCCGGUCAUCAGUUCUUCUCAGGGCGAAAGGACCCAUCUAAGAUGCCCAUUAAGAACUGGAAUCUGGGCUCUGAGAAAGAGGGCUUGGAAAACAUUAAACGUACAGAUGAAGUCGGGUCAUUCAAUAAGCUCCCAAAAGGCCCCUGGUUCACCUCUCAGUCUUGGAGAGAGAGGACCCAUUUGGCUAGCAGACAGGGUAGACCAGUGAGCCAUCAGAAGUUUGCAGAACACAGGCAAAAAAUAAAAAGAGCCAGGCCCAAAUUCCUGAAUCAGGGAGCGGAUGGUGAGAGCACUCCUAUAAGGCCAGCGAUGACUUUCAUUAAGACCCGAAGGAAGAAAAUAGAUAAAUCAGCUUCCCAUUUCGCAAUGUCUCCAAGAGGCUUUAAUCCUCUACAUGGAAGUAAGCCAAACAGCUCGUUUUCACCUGGCCCAGCUAAUCACACCUCCUCGCUCAAUGAAUCUGACUGGACAAGCCCUCCCCCAGUUGUCAGUCCCACUUCCCCGUUAUUGACUGUCAAUCAAUCACUCCCGCCGCUGAGCCUCGAUCACACGUCUUCCUCGCUGGACCCCGGCCACGAGCUCCUGCCUCCGUCUCUCGAUCAAAACAUCUCGUUGCCGGACCCCGACCCAACGUAUCCAGCGCCGGCUUUUAACCAGCCCUCCCCACCAUCUCCCCGUUUCAAUGAGACAUCCUCUCCCCUGGGCCCCCGAUUGCCAGAUCUCUAUCCAACAUCGACACUACUGUAUUCCCAAUGGUCAUCUCACCCGUCUGACCUCCAAACGGUCACCGGACCGCCAGAUCACAGCCGGACGACCCAGUCGUCCUCUUCCGACCAGACCUCGCCCACGUGGGAUCCCGAGCGGGAUGGUCACCAGAGGCUCCCGACGCCGUAUUCUGAACGGACGACUUCGCCCCCGGAUCAGGUGUCCGAGUUGCCAGAUCUUGCUCGGCUUCUGCCUCCGGCACCCACUCAAAUGCUCGCUAACCUGAGCCUAAACGAGACCACUUUGUCUCUGCCAGCUGAACCCGGUGACGCACUGACUCCCAAGCAGAUGAAGCCGGAGAUUAUACUGGGGCUGACCAAGGAAAAUGGGGAUUAUAUUGAAUAUGUUCCAGGGCCGGAGAUCCAGAACAGCGAUGAAGAUCUGGCUAUGAUUCAAUACGUGGCCUACGAUAACCCUUAUGAAAAUGAUUUCAGGGCAAACCCGUACACACUCCGCAAUCCGGACACCAUCGCUUCCUGGUACAUCCGCAGCUAUAAUGGAAACCGAAAGUAUUACUAUAUCGCUGCUGAGGAAGUGUUUUGGGACUACUCCGGAUUGAGGAAAAGCGAAACAAAAACGGGCCACCCUGGUAGCAUCCCAGGGGACACCGUGUACAAAAAGGUGAUUUUCCGAAGCUACCUCGACAGCACCUUCACGACUCCGGAUCCGCGUGGGGAGGACGAGGAGCAUCUUGGAAUCCUGGGCCCCGUCAUCAGAGCCGAGGUGGAUGAUGUGAUACAAGUCCGUUUUAAAAACCUAGCAUCGCGGCCUUAUUCUCUCCACGCCCACGGGCUUUCCUAUGAGAAAUCUUCAGAGGGAAAGAGCUACGAAGAUGAGUCACCUGAGUGGUUUAAAAAUGACAGUGCCGUGCAGCCUAACAGCAGUUAUACCUACGUGUGGCACGCGACGGAGAAAUCGGGCCCAGAAAAUAAAGGAUUGGACUGCCGGAUCUGGGCCUAUUACUCUGCUGUGAACUCGGAAAAAGACAUCCAGUCGGGCUUGAUAGGUCCCCUCUUGAUCUGUCGCAAAGGAACACUGCAUAAAAAGAGCAACCAGCCGGUAGACACACGAGAGUUUGUCUUGCUUUUCAUGAUCUUUGAUGAAGAGAAGAGCUGGUACUUUGACAAAAAAUCCAAAAAGACUAGGUCGGAACAGACAUCUCACAAGUUUCAUGCUAUCAAUGGGAUCGUCAGCUACUUGCCGGGCCUGAGGAUGUACGAGGGGGAGGUGGUGCACUGGCAUCUCUUGAAUAUGGGGGGCUCCCAAGACCUCCACGUGGUUCACUUUCACGGCCAGACCUUGCUCGAAAGGGGAAAACAAGAUCACCGGCUGGGGGUCUAUCCCCUCCUUCCUGGCUCAUUUCGAACUCUUCAAAUGACAGCAGAAAAACCUGGUUUUUGGCUUUUAGAUACUUCAGUAGGAGAUUCGCAAAAAGGAGGGAUGCAAGCCAUUUUCCAUAUAAUCGACAAAGGAUGCAAAAUGCCAAUGGGUCUCAGUACCGGGACUAUACUGGAUUCACAGAUCAGCGCUUCUGAGUAUCAUAGCAACUGGGAGCCUAAAUUGGCAAGAUUAAACAAAAUCGGAUCUUAUAAUGCUUGGAGCACAGAAAAGUCCACUUCUGACAAUCCUUGGAUACAGAUUGACCUCCAGAGGGAAGUUGUUCUCACAGGGAUUCAGACUCAAGGAGCCAAACAUUAUCUCAAGUCCUACUUCACCAUCGAGUUUUAUCUGACCUACAGCACAGACAAGAGAAGAUGGAAUACCUUCAAAGGGAAGAGUACUUUGAAACAGCAGAGCUUUGAAGGCAAUUCAGAUGCCUCUACAAUCAAGGAAAACAAGAUUGACCCUCCUAUUGUGGCUAAAUAUAUUAGGAUCUAUCCAACUCUAUACAACCGCCGGCCUACCUUGCGCCUGGAGCUGCUUGGCUGUGAAGUGCUGGGUUGUUCCACGCCCCUGGGAAUGGAAAGCAAGAAGAUAGCCAAAGCUCAGAUCACAGCCUCCUCCUUUAAGACGUCUUGGUGGGGGACGGCGUGGGAGCCUUCCUGUGCCCGCCUCAACGAGCAAGGCCGGGUGAACGCCUGGCAGGCCAAGUCAAACAACAACAACCAGUGGCUGCAGGUCGACCUGCUCCAAACCAAGAAGAUAACGUCCAUCGCCACCCAAGGUGCCAAGUCUCUCAACCGGGACAUGUAUGUGGAGACGUACACGGUUCUUUACAGCGAUCAAGGCUCACAGUGGAAACCUUACACGGAGAACCUCUCUUCGAUGCCGAAGAUUUUUAUUGGAAAUGUCAACACUAAUGGACUUGUCAGGAACUACUUCAAUCCACCUAUAUUUUCCAGAUUCAUCCGCAUCAUUCCCAAAAGCUGGAAUGACAGCAUUGCACUUCGACUGGAACUUUUUGGCUGUGACAUUUACUAAAACUGUCAAAGAAUAAGAGAACCCUCAACUUUGGAAGGAGGGGGAGUUUUAAUCUAUUUUCCAGUGGUUCUGUUUCAGACCUUACAUAUUUUCAUUGUUCAUAACAUUUGUCAGUUUUCUGGUUUAGCUAUAAAAUUCAGUGCUUAAUUCAUGACACUGCUCCUUCAUUAAGUGAGGGCAGCUGUGAUGCCCUGGUAUUAAUUCCUAUCCCUGUGGGAAAAGUUUAUUAAUGACAAUGCCACUAGGCUGGUGCUUUCCACGAGGGAAUCUAUCACUUUGGAGUAUACUUGUUAAGCAGAUUUGAGUCUCCAACGAUCUAUGUUUUAAAUAAUGUAAUGAUGUUGAUAUAAUGUGUUGCUAUUAUUGCAUGGGAAGUGAGUUUUCCCAUCUUGAAAUUGAAAGACCUAAGCAGGUUAGUGGUUGCGCUGCUGAAAUAUUUCAGUGUUUGCUAUUUAGAGAAUCAAGCAAAGAUAGCUAGGGAGAAACAUUUUUUUCAGUGUUUAAUGUCAUGUAAUAUCUAUGUUGUAAACUGUCUCAUAAGUAUUAUUUAAAAAAAAAAGAACUGUCAACUUACUGUUUCACAUUUUAAUGUCGGGUGUGUGUUCUUACCAGAUAAAGGUCUUGGCAACCUAACAGGGAACUAAAA